AUGCCACAGCGGCCCAAUCUUCUGAACAGCACAGGUCCCUUCGGCCCUUCUGUCUUUUCGACAAACUGGUCAUCUGAGCGCGAGCGUGCCACCACACUGGCGAGCAUACGAUCUUCUGAAGGGCCCUCUUCGCCCACCCAGUCUUCCUUCUCAAAGGAUGGCCUUGCUGACGCCGAUGUGAGGACACUAGAUUAUCUAGGAUUGGCAGAAACACCCCAGCAGUCUCGUGCUAGCCUUGCAGGGCCGUCGGUUGCCAUGCUUAUGCAGCAACAGCAACAACAACAACAACAGCCGACCUCAUCCCUGCCCCCCCUCCUUGCAGAAUUAGCCAUGCUCAAUCGAGGUUCAAAUCGUUUCCGCUCCUACUCCGUUAAUGCAAAGGAGAAAUAUGCCGAAGAGGACGAGGAGUUCGGCACGCAUUACUCUGCUAUCCCCUCGGGAACGCUAACUCCAUCCGCCGCCGCUACUGCCGCCCAACUUGCUGCCACUCAGGCUCAAAUUCAUCAACAUAACCUUGCCGUCCAAGCUUUUGCAAACCACGCAUCCUCAAGUCGACCCCGCGCUCGUACUGCUGGUGUUCUAGAUGCUCCCCUCCAACGCUCAUCCAUCCGUAACUACCUUGCGAGCCCUUCGAGACUUGAGAACAGUAUCAAUGCCUCGGAUAUCCACAUCACAGAGGCUUCUGAAUACGAUAGUUUACCUGAAGCUGUUCAAAGAAUGCAAUUAGGAGGCAUGGGAGGACUAAGAGCUCAAGAACCCGUCGAUGAGAACAACUUGGAAGGCCCAACCCGAGCCUUGUGGAUUGGCAGUAUUCCUGUCUCCACCACUGUCACAUCCUUGGAUGCUAUCUUCAACGUAUACGGUAAAAUUGAGUCGACUCGUGUUUUGACUCAUAAGAACUGUGGAUUUGUCAACUUCGAGCGUGUUGAAAGUGCCACUCAAGCCAAAUCUCUUCUCAAUGGAAAGGAAAUAUUCCCGGGAGCUGGCCCCGUUCGUAUCGGAUACGCCAAAGUCCCAGCUACUCCUGUUUCCGAGACCCCAGGCCAAUCUGGUAGUCAAAACUCCCCGACGCCAGAUGCCAGUACCGGAGCUGCUGGAUCAGUGGCGCGGGAUGGAACUCGCUCUACCACCCAAGAUGGUGAAGCUGCUAUCUCCUCUUCCAUCCCAGACCUGCAAGAAAUACAGCCAGAAAUGAGCAGUAUUGUUAUCGAAUUCGGUUCAUCCGAAUCUGAAUGCCAAAACAUCACGAAAAGCAUUCAGCGUGCAAUCGACUUCACCGCAUUCGAAGACGAAAUCCGUCCAGUUCCUGAACCCAGCCAAUCCCGAGUUUUUGAUGCUCCUCGCCUGCGUGAAAUAAGGAAGAAGAUAGACAACGGCGCCUGCAGUACCCAGGAAAUCGAAGACACUGCCAGUGAAAUGCUCCCUGAAAUUGCCGAGCUAGCCUCCGACUAUCUGGGCAACACAGUGGUACAGAAACUUUUCGAGUUUUGCUCCGAGCCAGCCAAGGAGCAAAUGCUGGUACCGAUUGCACCUCAUCUUGCAGAAAUCGGUGUGCACAAGAAUGGCACAUGGGCCGCGCAGAAGAUCAUCGAUGUUUCCAAGGUAGAUUCCCAGAAGCAGAUGAUUGUUGACAGCCUGAGACCAUACACCGUCCCGCUGUUCCUUGACCAAUACGGAAACUAUGUGUUGCAAUGCUGCUUGCGCUUCGGCCCACCAUUCAAUGACUUCAUCUUCGAAACCAUGCUUAGCCGCAUGUGGGAAAUUUCGCAGGGGCGGUUCGGUGCCAGAGCCAUGAGGGCUUGCUUGGAGAGCCACCACGCCACCAAGGAUCAGCAGAGAAUGCUUGCAUCUGCCAUCGCGCUACACAGUGUUCAACUAGCAACGAAUGCCAACGGCGCUCUGCUUCUCACGUGGUUCCUUGAUACCUGCACUUUCCCCAACCGCCGUACCGUACUUGCUCCCCGGCUGGUUCCCCAUCUUGUGGCUCUUUGUACACACAAGGUCGCUUACUUGACAGUAUUAAAGAUUGUUAACCAGAGAAACGAGCCAGAGGCUAGGGAGAUUAUCUUGAAGGCUCUAUUUUACAGCCCUGGAGAUGAGACGUUGGAAAACAUCCUCAAAGAUCAGUCUUCUGGUGCAACCUUGAUCUUCAAAGUCCUCACUACUCCGUUCUUCGAAGAAGCCAUGCGUGCAGAGGUUGUGAAGACAGUCGCCAAGGUACUUACCAAGCUGAAGACUACUCCUAGCCAGGGGUACAAGCGACUUAUGGAUGAGGUUGGUUUGUCCUCGCGCACCACAACCUCUCGUGAUUCCCACCAUGGUCGUGACCAUGGUACCAGCAGCGACAGAGAGAAGCAUCAGCGUCAGCCUGGCCAGCAACGCCAGGAAGGAAAUAACUUCCCAGCUCAACAAAACCCGGCUGAUCGUCAGUACGGUGCGCAGAUGAGUGCACAUAACAUAAACAUGCAGCCACCUCUCAACUCUCCUCCAAACAUGGCACGAUCUACCUCCUCUGAACAAAAUAUCCCGCAGUAUGACCCGUAUGCAUUUGGCUCCAUGAAUAGUCUUGCUGGCUUGCCAAUGGCAAACCCUGCCAUUUCCCAGGAAAUGCCGCCUCUAAAUCCGCAACAGUACCAAUACCAAGCUUUCCUUUCCGCCCAAUCUCGCGGCAUCCCAGCUGCUGGAUUCUUCCCUCCUGGUCCCCCUGGAAAUGGUAUGGGGAUGGGGAUGAACGGUUUCCCCGUCACUACUGGUUCAACUUUGGAUAACUUCCGCUCUGUACAACCAGCCAUGGCAGGCCCCGGCGGUGCUCCAUUGCCAAUGGGCGGAAACUCGAUGGUUCAGCCAACUGGUUAUGGAAACCAGCAGUUUAGCCCUGUCAUGGGUGCUGGUCAACUAUACAAUUACCCUCAACAAUUUUAUCAGCCAACCCCAGGAGCACAGGGUGCUCCACCUUCUGGACGACGUGGUCGUUAUUCUUGA